ACAUGUAAGAGGGGCAAAAAGUGGUUUGAUUGCAUGUAUAUAAACAUUUCACGACGCUCAUAUCAACAUCAUCAAGAACAAAUCACAACAGCCGUGUUGUAUGAUCAACAAGUUGCCUAUAUUAAGUGAUAUAAGCUUUAAAAUGGAAAUUUAUAAGGUUAAUUUGUGUUUUUUGGCAUUUUUGGCCUUUGUACAAGUUUUAACUGCACAACCAGUGCAACAAGGUGUACGACCUUUAGGUCUAGACUCCGGUGUGCCUGUUGUUGCACUCCCAAAUGUUUCCGAUGAACAAUCCGACCCUUCAACAGGAGUAAAACGCACAGUUAAACGUGGCGCCCUCUACGGAGGUUACGGUGGACUAUACGGCGCUGGUUACGGCUACGGCGCGUACGGAUUAUACGGCGGUUAUGGAGGUUAUGGAGGUUAUGGUGGCUUCGGCCAUUACGGUUAUCCAUACCAUGGAUACGGUGGAUUUGGUUACGGAUACGAUUAUCCUUACUACGGAUAUGGUUAUGGUGGAUAUGGAUACCCAUUUGGUUACGGAUACGGAUAUUAUAUUUAAAUUUAACUUUUUUGAGUUAAAAACGUGAAUAUUUGAUUGAUUUACUUUGAAAAAUUGAUUUUUUUAAAGGAAUAAUGCGACAUAACCUACUUUCAGGCGUUUUAUUACCAUAUUAUAUUAAAAUGUAAUAAAAACAUUUAUUUCUAAUGGAAAGUAAGCAAUAAAAUUUGAUUAUACUUUGACCCUCAUAA